AGACGCGUGGUGGUCACCGGCCCCCCAAAGGAAGGAAUCCGACGGUGCGGAUUCGAAGCAACGCGGGAGAGUGCUGGUGUGGGUCCGGAGUCCGGACACUUGCCCAUUGCCUAGCCCAUCGCCCCACUAUAUAAUGGACCGUCCGGAUUAGACCUAUCUCCAUUAUUACCAUUUUCCUUUCUCAACUGAAGCUAAUCCGAUUUUUCUCUGGACGAGUCAGAGUGAGUGAGAGCCAGACUCGGUGAGCGAUGGGUGCUCUGGAUCAUCUCUCGGACUUCUUCGAUUGCUCCCAUGCCAAAUACAAGCACAAAAGGCGGAAGCAACUGCAGACGGUGGAGGUAAAGGUGAAGAUGGACUGCGAAGGCUGCGAGCGGAAGGUGAGGCGGGCGGUGGAGGGGAUGAAAGGUGUGAAGCAGGUGGAGGUGGAGCGCAAGCAGCACAAGGUCACCGUCGUCGGAUACGUAGAUGCCUCCAGGGUGGUGUCACGCAUCUGCCAUCGGACGGGCAAGAGGGCCGAGAUCUGGCCCUACGUCCCAUACGACGUCGUCGCCCACCCUUACGCAGCCGGGGUGUACGAUAAGAAGGCCCCCGCGGGGUACGUGCGCGGCUCGUACGACCCACACGUUUCGAAUCUCGCGCGUGCCAGCUCAACCGAAGUGCGGUACACCACGGCGUUCAGCGACGAGAACACGAACGCUUGUGCUAUCAUGUGAUCGCGCAUACGGGAACUAUGUGUGCUGCAUCUCUUAUGACCGUAGAUCUUUUCUCUUCUUCCUUGCAGAUUUUUUUUGUUUGUGUGUUGUUUGGCUGGGUUCAAUUAGAGGAUUGUGUUGUUAUAAUUAAUGUAAUUUUGAACCUAUGAUUAUAAAGCCUAUAUAUUUCUGUGAAUUUUUUCCUUUUUAAUUUUUUGAGAAUAUGAAAAUUAAUAAAAAUUAAUUUUGCGUA